AUGGCGAAACGUUUCAAGCUUCGGAUCUCCCGAGUAAUCCCAUCCUUCCAGUCCUGCCGUUCCAAAGACCCCUCCUCCCUCCCAGAAGAUCCUGUCCCUUCGUUCUUCCGACUCUCACCGGUCAACCCCAAGCUCAUCCCCGUCGAUUUCCCAAGGACCCCACCACCCUCCAAACCACAACCCCAUCGCUCCUCCUUCAAACGCCACGUGUCCUCCGCCUUCUUAUCUGUCGGUUGUGGCCUCACGUUGAAGUCCGGUGUACAGAACUCCUGUGACGACAACCACACCGGAUCACAGCAGUAUUUCAAGUGGCAAAAAGAAGAGAAAUGGCACGUGGUUGCCAAGGUCCACGACGAGACACCUCGCCGGAAAAUAUAUAAUUCGUCCGUUUCCGGUGACUCCGAUGACGAAGUUUUGGCGUUACCACCUCCACCACUACCGCCUGCGGCGCAGAAGAAGAAACGACGGUGUAGAAAGAAGAAAACGAUAAUGAGAGGCCGUAUGAGUACUUCAUCGGCGGAUAGCGGGUUGUUUAGCAGCGAAGGAGCUGAUGAGGAGGAAGAAGGAGAAGAGACUGAAACCCUAGUUUCCUCUUCUAGAAGCUUCUCUACUGACUCAUCUUCAGAAUUCAACCCUCACUUGGAGACCAUACGGGAGACACCCAUGACCACAAGGCGUCCCAAGAAGAACAGGAAGAAAGCGAAGAAAUCAAAACGUUCCUUUUCAAAGGCUGGCGGUGAUGGUAAUGGUGGUUAUGGUCCUGUUAAGGUGAAGGUUAUGUGUAGGUCGUCGGUAUCGUCGUCGGAGAAUGCUUCACCGGCGAGAUUGUCGAUGUUCAAGAAGCUGAUACCAUGUACGGUGGAUGGGAAGGUGAAGGAAAGCUUUGCGAUUGUGAAGAAAUCUGAUGACCCGUAUGAGGAUUUCAAGAGGUCAAUGAUGGAGAUGAUUCUGGAGAAACAAAUGUUCGAGAAGGAAGAUUUGGAACAGCUGUUGCAGUGUUUUCUGUCGUUGAACUCAAGGCACCAUCAUGGGGUUAUUGUUGAAGCUUUCUCUGAGAUUUGGGAAACCAUGUUUUGUGCUUGCUAGAAAUUUUACUGAACAUCGUUUUUCAAAAGCGCUAGCUCUGAUCAAGAUCAUGAGGAGACUUGAGUCUGAG